GGUUUGAAUAUGAUCAUAUUAUCUGUCCUUCCUUUUGAAUAAAACACGCCUCGGGUCCAUCAUUCGCUUUACCUGAUCCAAGUCAAUUACCGAGGACAUUCCUUAUUGCCUACCACACUCGGUAGCCCGUUGUUAGCCCGGAUUCGCAUCACUCAUUACCGAUUCGACCUGGAGUCAUCUUUGACAAGAUCGGUGGGUUCCAUAUACUUGAAACCAGCGAACGCACAAUCCUUAAGCGGUCCUGGGGAACGAGUGAGGAAUAUUCACUACCUCACAUAAUGUCGGAUCACGAAGCUACACAAGGAAAGCGGAGGAGCCCCGAGUUGUUAGCACUGCCGAAACUGAUCGUACCCACUACCAUUGUCGAGGAUUUCGAUGCCAACUCAUCGAAUGGUAAUGUCGUCCUCCAGCCUCAUGCCCUGAGUGUCGAUUUUCCGUAUAACACAGGCGAGCCUGUAUCACCAUGCUCAGAUCUUGCACCCUCAUCUCGAUGUAGCGUUGUCUCACUUUCACCAUCCCUCUUCCCGCUACCACCAAGCAGUGCUACUCCGCCAACUACUGCUCACUCAUCAAUGCUGGACUCGCCGCCGCCAUGCACAUCACACUCGCAUUCCUCUAUAAAUUCGUGGUUUUCUCCGCCAUCGCCGCCUCCUUCUACACCGCUACCACCCACUCCCACGCAAAAAAGGAUAGCCAGCCUCAUCGGUCUUGCAAGUGGCCUCGAACAUAUCCAGGUACCUGCUUAUGCCAAGGUUAAGUGUCCUCUCUCGGAGUCGCCUGAAAUAAGUCCGGCAAGUCCAAUAAAUGAUCCCAGGGCGCCACCCCGGCGGCUCACAACUUUUACCAUCGACUCCCAGGGAUUCCGGGAGUCGGUAAUAGAUCCAGACGUAACCCUUACACCACCACCACCAAGGUCAUCGCUACCGCUCCCGUACUCGCCCGGUCUAUGCACCCCGGAGCGCUUAAGUAACGCUAGCGUGCCGAGCACCCGAGUGGACUCGACGACGCCAUUGGCGUAUAAUCUGGCGGAUUAUGAACACGGCCGAACUCCUCAUAGCCCCGAGUCCGAGCGCGAAAGGAGAAAGCAGCUCAGGGACGUAGAGGCCGGAGGGACAGGUUGGUGGGCGCGACACCGGCAAACCAAGCUGCAGAAAAGGAGAAAGAAGAUGACUAUGGUGAUUAUAGGCGCGGCUUCGACAGCCGUGUUAAUAAUUGUAGCUGGGGUUGCCGUUGGGAUAUAUCUGGCAGUGUCCGGUAGUGUGUCGUAGGCAGGCCUUACCACCCCAUCUCCCAUCUCCCAUCUCUUAUAUGGAUAUAAGAGCUAUUUACGAUA